CAUCUCUGCCGGCAAAGCAAAAAAAAAAAGAGAGAAAAGAAAAAGAAGAAUCCUUGUCUCUCCAAGCGUGUAUCAAAAAUAAAAUAAAGACAUUGCCCGUUUCUUUAGAAAGCUCCUCUUCUUUUUCCCAUCUAUUUUAUAAGCCUCAUCUUACUCAUCGGCACUCAUCAUGAGCUACGGCAAAAGAGACGAAGACAAUGGCGAAGUCGGUGUUUUCUAUCACAUCAACAAAUCAGCAGUACUCCAAGAAGCCCGUGUGUUUAAUGCCACACCAGUCAAUGCAAGAAAAUGCAGACUUCUCCUGACAAAAAUCAUCUACCUUCUCUACCUUGGAGAACCAUUCGCUGCCAAGGAGGCCACUGACCUUUUUUUUAAUGUCAUUAAACUGUUUCAGUCCAAGGAUACAUCAUUGCGACAAAUGAUGUACUUGGUCAUUAAGGAGCUAUCUGGAAUUGCUGAAGAUGUAAUCAUGGUAACCCAGUCGCUUAUCAAGGAUAUCCAGUCUAAGCAGGAAACCGUGUACAGGGCUAAUGCUAUUCGCGCUCUUUGCCUCAUUACAGAUCCUUCUAUGAUCCAAGGUAUCGAGCGUAUUCUUAAGGCUGCUAUUGUGGACAAAACAUCCUCAGUGUCUUCAGCUGCCUUGGUAUCAUCCUAUCACCUCUUCCACGUAUCCAAGGAUAUUGUGAAGCGUUGGUCUAAUGAAGUCCAGGAAGCUGUCCAUGCUAAACAGGCGUCGGGAUUUGCGUCGACUGCCUCAAGUUACAUGUCCAGCUUCGGCGGGGCAGCCUCUAACGGAUCUCCCCCCAUUACUUCUAACAGUAGCAUUACACAGUACCAUGCUCUAGGUCUGUUAUACCUUAUCCGUCAACAUGACCGUAUGGCUGUUGCCAAACUUGUUCAGACUUUUGGAGGCUCUCGUAGUGGAGGUAUUCUUGGUAGUGCAAGUACUCCAUUGAAGAACCCUGCUGCAGUUUGUCUUUUAAUCCGUUAUGCCUGCAAGGUUAUGGAAGAAGAUCCUGGAACUACACCUCGUAUGUAUGAGUUAUUGGAAGGAUAUCUGAGACAUAAAAAUGAGAUGGUCAAUCUUGAAGCUGCACGCGCUAUUUGCGAAAUUCCUGAUGCCUCGGCCAAGGAAUUAUUCCCUGCAAUUUCUGUUUUGCAGCUCUUCUUGUCUUCUCCCAAGCCUACCUUGAGAUUUGCCUCGAUUCGUAUCCUUAAUAAGCUCUCGCUCACCAAGCCCGCUGCUGUUGCCCCUUGCAACCUUGACAUGGAGAGCCUGAUCACAGAUACCAAUCGUAGUGUAGCUACCUUUGCCAUCACCACUCUUCUCAAAACCGGGAACGAAGCAUCUGUAGACCGUUUGAUGAAGCAGAUUACUGGAUUUAUGUCCGAGAUUUCGGAUGAAUUCAAGGUUAUCGUGGUAGACGCCAUCAGAUCUCUCUGCCUCAAAUUCCCUACUAAGCAGGCUGUAAUGAUGUCUUUCUUGAGCGGUGUAUUACGUGAUGAGGGAGGAUACGAGUUCAAAAAAGCUGUUGUGGAAGCCAUGUUCGAUAUGGUCAAGUAUAUCCCAGAAAGCAAGGAUACAGCCCUUUCUUACCUUUGCGAGUUUAUUGAGGACUGUGAGUUUACCAAGUUAUCUGUACGCAUUCUGCAUGUUUUGGGUGUUGAAGGUCCCAAGACCACCACACCCACGAAGUUCAUUCGUUAUAUCUACAACCGUGUUAUUCUCGAAAACUCGAUUGUUCGUGCUGCUGCUGUCAGCUCAUUGGCCAAAUUUGGUGCAAAUGUUGAGGAUCCUUUGGUUAAGAAGAGCGUCCACAUCUUAUUGACAAGAUGUUUGGAUGACACCGAUGAUGAGGUUCGUGAUCGUGCCACCCUCUAUCUUGCCAUUAUGGCUAACGAGAGCAGUGCCAAGCGUCUCUUGAACGACAACUCUACUUAUGCACUUCCUACCUUGGAACGUCAAUUGGUCGAGUACGUCAACAGUCCUCUUGGUAAUGAGCAACAAUUCAACUUGGAUGGUGUUCAGGUUAUCAGUAAGAUCCAAGAAGAUGAAGAAAGACGUCGUAUUCGCUCUCAGGAAACUUCUUCUACUCCUCUUAUUGCCACAUCAAAUGCUUCUGCUCGUACCGGAACUCCUACUCCUGCUACAGGCUCCUCUCCUAAUGUUUCCAGCUUUGAUCAACAGGCUUUGUAUGCCGAGAAAUUGGCUACGAUUCCCGAGUUUGCUAGCUUUGGACCUCUGUUCAAGAGCUCGAGCAAGCCUGUGGAGCUUACUGAGAGCGAAACUGAGUAUGUUGUGCACUGUGUCAAGCACACCUUUGAGAAUCACCUUGUAUUCCAGUUCAACUGCACCAACACCUUGAACGACCAACUUUUGGAGAAUGUCGGUAUGAUGAUGCAGCCCGACAUUGACGACUGUGGUUUGGUGAAGGUGGUAGAGAUUCCUGCUCCUAAGCUUGAGUAUAGCGUUCCCGGUGUGAUCUAUGUUGCAUUUGAGAAGGAAGAUCCUGCAGAUUUCCCUGUUGUUACAUUCACCAACACUAUACAGUUUGUAGUUAAAGAUUGCGAUCCAACCACUGGCGAGCCUGAUGCAGAGGGUUAUGAAGAUGAAUACCAAGUUGAGGAUAUCGAGGUGCUGACAAGUGACUACAUGCGCCCUCGUUACAUCUCUAACUUUGAAGAAGAGUGGGAAUUGCUUGGCGAGAAUGAGGCUACAGAAACCUUUGGCUUGGAUAAGGACAAGGCCCCUAGUCUGAAAGCUGCCUGUGUAGCUAUUACCGAUCUAUUGGGAAUGCAGGCUAUGGAUGAUACUGCGCUUCCACAGAGUGCAAAGACACAUGUAUUGAUUUUGGCAGGUACCUUCUUGGGUGGCGCAAAGGUGGUCGCAAGGUGUAGAAUGACCUUUAAUAGCACAACUGGUGUUGCAUUCGAGCUCACUGUUAGAAGUCAAGAUCCAGAAGUGGCACAGAUUGUCCUGUCUGCCAUUGCUUAGAAAGCUUUGAAAAAAUAAUAAUAAUAAUAAUAAGAAAAAAAAACGCCAGAGAGAGAAUAUAAACAAAUAUACAGAU